CUCCGGAUCUAUCGAUGAGUUGAUUUGAGCUUGACGAAAGUUAUCCGUAACUGGGACAACUUGGGAUUAAUAAUUGAACAGAAUCAUAAUAAUUUAACGAUUAUAUUAAUAUAAGCACUACUUAUGUUAUGAAUUAAAUAAUUUGCUAUGUAAUCUGGAUCAACAUGCAAAAUAAAAAUAUGAACACUGUCAAAGAUACAAAGCCAGAGCAGGUUGCUCUGACAGAUACCAGGGAAGAAUCAUGUGCUGAGAAAGAAAAAUCUGAAACUGUACGAUUUAGUCAUCAAGAAUUAAUAAAAUUGACUAGAAUGACUAUAGAUAACAUGAUAAAGAAUGAUCCAUUGCUUUCUGGAUUGCCUUCAGAUGUUACGAUAGAGGAAAUUAAAUCACAAAUUGCAGUUGCGCAGGGACAAGCCAUCACUUUGUUCUUAAAUCGCGGAGAACUGCCAAAGCUCGCAGUGGUGGUUCCACCACAUAAUACAACAGUACUUGAUUUGAAAAAGGCCAUAAAACGACAUAUGAAUUUAUCCUUGAAAAGGGAAGAUGUUAAGAAGAAGAUAAGUUGGAAACAUGUUUGGAAGAAGUAUCACCUUUGUUUUGAGGACAUUAGACUUUCUAACGACAAUGAAAAUAUUAAAGCUUAUAACAUCACUAAUAAAGCAGAAUUACAUUUUGUAAAGAGACGCAGAGAAAAGAACAAAGUGCUAAAAAAUCAAUAAUGCUUUUGCAUAAAUUACUAUUUUGUCUAUUGUCAUUAAUGUUUCAUAUUUUUAUUAACACUUCUCUCAAAUAUAUUUAAUUUACAAUGCCAUGGUAUAUAAAUUUCGCAAAUCAAGUUGGGCAAUUCUCCAACAAAAGCAAAUUAGCUUGAAUGCAAG